AUGUUAAAUCAUGUUGUCGUAGAAAACUACUUCAAUGACUUAGGAAAAAUCAUUCAAGACCUUAAUCUGAGUUCCAUAAACAUAUGGAACUGUGAUGAAACAGGUCUUAAUUUUGAGCAUUGUCCUGUAAACGUUAUUGCUGAGCGCGGGACCACAGUUGUUAGUAAGACUAGUCAAAAGUCAAGCAAUUUAACUAUAAUGGCAUGUGUUAAUGCUGCAGGAGAUGCAAUGCCCCCUUUAAUUAUAACUAAAGGUAAAACAGUAAAAUCUUUACAUGGGUUUAAAACAAUAGAUGCUCCGAAAGAUACCGUGUGGAGUUACCAAGAGAAAGGUUGGAUCACCGACGAAAUUGGUGAAAGGUGGUUUAACCAAGUCUUUAUUAAGCAAUGCGGACCCAAACGACCCCAGUUGCUAGUGUUUGAUGACCAUUCUUCUCACGAAACACUUGCUAUUAUUGAACGAGCAAUUGAAGAAAAUAUAAUUCUGUUAUCGCUCCCUCCACACACCACACACUACCUCCAGCCUUUGGAUAGAAGUGUAUUUGGCCCGUUUAAGAAAGCAUAUAAUGAAAAAUGUUCCGAGUUCAUAUCAGAGCACCCACUUCAUGUGGUAAAUAAACAUUCAUUUCCGUCACUUCUCACAAAAGCUUGGGACGAUGCCUUCACGCAGAGCAACGUAAAAAGUGGGUUUGCCUCCUGUGGAAUAUGGCCUGUGAAUAGGUUUGCUAUUCCGAAUGAUGCCUUUAUGCCAAGUUCUGUGACAGAUGUCCCUCAUGUUACACAUACAUUGGCAGGCUUUGAUGCCACAUCUACACCCACUGUUGGUACCUACAAUGCUGAAGAUUCAUCGGAAGUUAUGACUGCUGUACCGUUAUCACCACAACUUGAGAAUAGAGAUGAAGAACCAUCACGUGCUGAUGAUGUACCUCUUCCCGUACUUGACCUAUCUGAUCCUGCGGUGUUACUGGAAUUAAUUUCAAGUGAAAAUCUAAUAAUGGAUCGUGUAGAUGAUAAUGCAUUUAAUGAGGUUUCAGUUGAAACCGCUCUUGAUGUUGACAAUAGUAUAAGUGAAGUAUUUCUGCCCCCAAAACUCGAAAGUAGAAAAGAAACUAAAAACAAUGUUGCAAAAAAAACGAGCCAUACUAUUUUGACGAGUGAGGAAAUAGUUAAACAGAAGAGAGAAAUCCAAAAAAGAAAAAAUGAAAAAGAGACCAAAAAAGCUGCUAAGAGAAUAAAAACAGAAAAAAAUUAA